UACACACACUGCCGCAGAAAUUGUAGUCCCUCGCGCAGUUCACAUCGAACCAAUGUCGUGAUUUUUGUUAGUUUUCGUUGUUUUCGUCUGAUAAACUCUAAAUAACUAUCAGCCAGCGCUGUGCGAAAAGCUCGAUGUAAUCGAAUUGGGCAGAAGAAACGCUCAGAGAUUCAAACCCAUAGCUUCUAUAGAUCUAUAGCUUUUCCGAAGAUCGGACUCCUCGUGUAUGUGUGCAUUUCUGCCUGUGGUAGUGCUGGAGUAACUGGACAUUUCGAAUUUACGCAGUUCCAGGCAAACCUAACGGGUUUUCCAGUUCGACUUGCGGAAUAGCAGGAAUACGAGAUUACGGGGCUACGGAGUUUCGGAGUUUUGGAAUCACUAUGGCACGCGACACACAAGGAACGCAGGGAACCCAGAGUCAGGCCUCCAAUAUCUGGACGCAGGUGGAGAGCCAGCCGAUGGAGAAGAUAGUCUGGGGUCGAUUGUACGGCAAGAACAUUAAGAUCAAAUCGCUGGAUCUCAACAACGACGAGUUCACCGCAGGACGAGGGGAGGCCAACGACUUGAUCCUCACGCUCAACGAUUUGCCCGAGAAAAUCCUGACGCGCAUUUCCAAAGUGCAUUUUAUCAUAAAGCGGGCAAACUGCGAACUUACCAAUCCAGUUUAUAUUCAGGAUCUCUCACGCAACGGGACGUUUGUGAAUAACGAGAAAAUUGGCACAAACAGGAUGCGAAUCCUAAAGAAUGACGACGUAAUUUCCCUGUCCCACCCAACGUACAAAGCCUUUGUAUUCAAGGAUCUCAGCCCGAAUGAGUCGAUCGGGCUUCCCGAGGAGAUUAACAAGACGUAUUAUGUAAAUCGCAAGCUGGGAUCUGGAGCGUACGGACUGGUGCGUUUGGUCUAUGACACCCGCACCUGCCAGCAGUUUGCGAUGAAAAUCGUUAAGAAGAAUAUGCUCUCUGGGGCGCGACCCAGUACCAAUUUCAGUGAUCCCGACCGGGUGCUGAACGAAGCCAAGAUUAUGAAGAAUCUUUCACAUCCGUGCGUGGUUCGCAUGCACGACAUCGUGGACAAGCCGGAUUCUGUGUAUAUGGUGCUGGAGUUUAUGCGCGGCGGCGACCUGCUUAACCGGAUCAUCAGCAACAAACUACUUAGCGAGGACAUCUCGAAGCUUUACUUUUACCAAAUGUGCCAUGCCGUCAAGUACCUACACGAUCGGGGUAAAACAAAUUAGUUUUAUUUGGGUUCGAAUGUGUUGCUGAUUAAGCAAGCCGUUCAUUUCUGUUAUGCAAAUAAGUAAGUCUUCGGAAUGGUCAUUGAAAACGCCCUUAAUUGCAAAUCAUUCCUGCGCCUUUACGAAUUUGCUAGCAUCACCCAUCGUGACCUUAAGCCUGACAAUGUUUUGCUGGAGACCAAUGACGAGGAGACCCUACUGAAGGUCUCCGAUUUCGGGCUGAGUAAGUUUGUGCAGAAGGACUCGGUUAUGCGCACGCUCUGUGGCACACCUCUCUACGUGGCCCCUGAGGUGCUGAUUACCGGCGGCCGAGAAGCCUACACCAAGAAAGUGGACAUUUGGAGCUUGGGAGUGGUGCUAUUUACUUGCCUGAGUGGCACUCUGCCCUUUUCGGACGAGUACGGCACCCCGGCGGCCCAGCAAAUAAAGAAGGGCAGAUUCGCGUAUGGACACCCUUCUUGGAAGAGUGUCUCGCAGCGCGCCAAGCUGCUGAUCAACCAAAUGCUCAUUGUGGAUCCCGAGAGGCGACCCUCAAUCGACGACGUUUUGCAGAGCAGCUGGCUGCGCGAUGCGCCCAUGCUGCAGAAGGCGAAGAGGCUGAUGAAGCUCGAUGGCAUGGAAAUCGAGGAGGAGAACUUCCUUGAGCCACCCACCAAGCGAUCGCGACGCUAGGUUUCGUUUCUGUGUUUCCAUCGUUAAUACGUGAGGGUCGAGGCGCGAAAAGGUUUUAAUUUUCUGGAAAAAUUAAGCGACAACAUUUUUCCCAAAACGCCGACACCGCCGCAUCCGAGUGUAUUGGCGAAUUUAAGUAUUUUUUGCGGUUGUUAAUUUUUACGUGUUGUCUAGUGUAAGUUUCAUCGCCCAAGCCCGGUUUAUCCUGUUAAACUGCAUUUAAACUGGGCUGCUGCUUCACAAUUUUUUUAAGAUUCCUAUCGAUUUGAAUUCUGCCAUUUCAUUGGACUAUUAUUACGAUUUAUUACUUGUAACUGUUCAGUAACUAUAAGUGUUAAAUGUAAGAAUGACUCUUCAGCAAACCAUUCCGCUUUUUGAAAUAAAGCAAUUGAAUUUGUUCGGC